AUGGUUGUUGAAAUAGUUGUCAAGAUAGUUGUUGAGAUAGUUGUUGAGGUGAAGAAGGUUGCUGAGAUUAAUGUUGUAAAAGUUGUUAAAAUGGUUAUCAAGAUGGUUAUCAAGAUAGUUGUCAAGGUAGUUGUUGAUAUAGAGAAGGUUGUCAAGAUUGAUAUUGUAAAGGUUGUUGAAAAUAAGAUUAUUGAGGUUGUCGAGAUUGAGAUUGUUGAGAUUGUUAAGAAU